ACAGGCACCCUUCGUUCACGUGACAGUCAGCUGACUGCACCCGGAAGCUCUGAGGGAGCAGACAACAAAACAAAACUUCCUCCACAAAACUUACAUUUUGCGGUUGUUUACGGUCGUUAAUGAUGGAGUCGACCCUCGAACAACACCUAGAUGACACCAUGAAAAACCCAGCAGUGGUCGGGGUGCUGUGCACGGAUCAACAGGGACACAACCUCGGCUGCCGAGGCUCCCUGUCUGAUGAACACGGCGGUGUUGUGUCAGUUUUGGCCAAACAAGCUGCAGCUCUCACCAGAGACCCGACGGACAGCCCGACUGUUUGCCUGGAGUCUGAGUCAGGAAACAUUCUGGUGAGGACUCAUGGGACCAUCACAGUAGCAGUUCACAAGAUAGCAUCCUGAAGACGGCAAGACACACGGAGGAGUUUCACUGUUAAGAAAUGUACAUGUUAACACACACACACACACAAGUUUUAAUCACUCGGCCCGAUGAACUCUGUAAAGACUGUCAGUUUUCUGCUCAUGUCUGUUGUGUUUUCUGUGUGUUUGAUCUCCUAUUUAAACCAGAACACAUUUGCUUUAACUUUACUAUGUUGUGAUUUCUUUCUUUUAUUUUAUUGCUUUCAUGCGAUGUGUGCGUGUCUUUCUGUUCCACACACUUGCAGCCAAGGCAGUCAUGCACAGAAUAACAGGCUUUAAUAAACUUUAACUUGACUUCGU